AAAAUAUUUCUCCAUUACUAAUUGGUGUUAUUUACUUGUUUGCGGAGAUCCCGAAAGGAUCGUCUGUGUAAGAUGAAAAUGAUGGCAGUUUUUGAAAGCUUAGUCAUUACUUUCCUUUCUGCUAUAAACUUUGUUCAUUUUGUCGAUGGCCAAACCUGCGACAAGAAAAACCAAUUCGGUAUCUGUGCGAAAUUGAGCUGUCCACCCGACCGAAAUGGCGCAAUUUGCGAAAAGAGACGCUGUGUGAAUAACGAUGAACGGGCUGCUCCUAAUGUUGCUGUCAUUAGUUCCGCAGUAGCUGGUGUCUUCGUAUUAUUGGUAAUCCUACUCGUUGGAGCAGGAUUGUGGAUCCGUUCACGGAGGCAAAGCAGAGGCGUUCCCGAUCACAAGGUAUCGGUACCACCUUUAGCGAAUUCGUACCUUUUCCGCGCACCGUCAACAAUGACAAGACUUGCCAAUGUGGCAUACAACCCACGUCCACCUCUUCUGCCGUUCAACGUCGAAGACGAAAAUCCGUAUGAAUACGAAACGGUCGAUUUUCCAGAACCCAAUCCACAGCCACGGUUGACCAAUACGACCGAACAAGCGGAGAGCGAUUAUAUGAUUCCAAAUCCUUUAUCAAAACCAAAAUUGCCUCCUCCCCAAGUUUUGGACACCUACUGAACGACAGCCUAUAGUGGGAUCGACCUCUUUGCUUUCAAGUGUUUAAAUGAUUUUUGGUCUUUGUUUACAUUUUUUCUAGAAUCCUGCCCUGAAUCUAUUCCGCCUAGAACUAUUGGUUGUAUUUUUUUUCGAUUAGAUUUUUUUUCCAGAUGUACAUUCGUCUGUGUCAAUUUACUAAUUAUCGAAUUGCCGCCGUUAGAUUUAUAUCAACACAGGAAACCAAUUUCCGUCGCUGCAAAUACGAGAGAAUGAUAACCGCCAAGGAAAAUAAACCGCCAAAGUGAUAUUUUUAAAUAUCUUUUCAGGGUUCCUUUUAUUGUAGAACUAGUUGGAUAUUCGACGGAGAAGCCAACAUGUCGUCGUUAUCCAGAAUGAUUGUGACCACCUCGAUUUACAGUAGUUUACUACUAGGAUUCCUUCAAAUCUACGGAUGCGAGGCGAUGAGAUGUGGCGCUAAAUUCGAAAAUUCAAAAUGUCCCACAAAUAUGUGCUGUUCAACUUCUGGAUAUUGUGGUGAAACGAUAGAACAUUGUCUUACAAUGUGUGAUCCAAAAUACGGUCGCUGCGAUCCUUUCAGAGUCAACGCAUCGAUUGGAUUCGCCAUUGUAGGAAACCAGUGUGGUUUGACAAAUAGUUUUAGAUAUUGUGCCGGCAGCAUGUGUUGUUCGGAAUACGGAUAUUGCGAUGUAUCGGAUCAGCAUUGUGGUGAUGGCUGUCAACCUUAUUACGGACAUUGCGAGGCAAUUGCGAAAUGCAAUUUACCAUCGUACAAUGGUCACAUUUUCCCAGAGAUGCCAAGUCAACAACGUACGCCGACAAGUUUAAAGAAAAAUUACUGGUACUUUCUCUGCGAACGGGACCAUAUUGUGAAAAAUGUUACACGGCGGCUGCAACCGGCCACUUGCAAUAAAAUUGAUGGAACUUGGCCAGCCGAUUAUUAUCCGGAAUGUGUUGAAAACGCGGCUUUUAAAGCCUUUGGACACGAUGUGAUAACGGAUGUGGCAUUCGACGGGAAUUUAAUUACUUGCGACGAGAAACCUAGAAGAUCUCAGGUGAAAAUUCAGAUUGAUAUUGCGCAUUCUUUGAUACAAGACGUUCGCAUUACCGUACGAGAAACCGGUAACUAUAGAUUCAGCGUGUCGAUCGUGGACAUUAUCCGGCAGAAUAACAUGACUGUCCGCUAUUCGAAUCUGUAUGACGGCAUUAUUAAGUACGGCCAAACUGUCGUUUUCUUCCCUAAUUUGAAAACACCUUUGAUGGACAAGGCGCGAAGAUUCAUCCAUCUCACGCCUCAUGUUGGAAUGAGAAUUUGCGAAAUAGAAGUCCAUUCCUACAAUUCGGCAGGAAAAUGGAACGAAAUAAUGUUGAUUGCAGUCGGCAUGAGCUCAGUCAUUUUUUUCCUUUUAGCAGCCCUGAUAGUAACAGUCUUUUGUUUGCGAAAUCAAAGAAGCACGUGCCCCAUAACAACUGGCGUGAAAAAUCAAAAUCCAAUAAGAAAUAGAUACUCGUCAAGAAUUACUCAUAGAGUUCCUCGUCCGCCAGGUCCGGAUGUCGACUUCCGUGCCUCACAUUCUUUAUACUGUGACGAGAAUCAGUACGAGUAUGAAGAAAUCGUCACCUACACGGAUGUUUCGAAACCGCAAACUAAUCAGAUUCAGACGACAGAAUCAUUAUAUCCCGAAAGCUCAUAUGAUGAAGCAAUAAAUUUGGGCACGCACUUGGACAAACCGUAUUUACCUCCUCCGACUGUUCCACGCUUCUCGACUGAAUGACAGGCAGAGGAAAUUAGUGGCAAAAAUCAAAUGAUUCAAAAGUCCAUUUCCUAUGAACAGUUAUUCGAAAUUUGGACUCAUUUAAGCUUCGAAAUAAAUAUUCAUAUACUAAUUAUGGAUAUCCUUGUUUGAUACGACCUUGCUGGUCUGUGUAGUUGUUCCUAGUGUUCCAACCGGAUGUGGUUUUGGAAGCCAUAAAAUGGCGUAAAUCGGCAUUAUCCGCGUCAUAUCCUAUUUCUGUGUUUUGUUCUAUUUCAGUGACUGACUUGGCCCCAAGAAAUGCAGUUAACCGUUUCUUUAGUAAUCUUCGUCGUCGCCGUGACCUGUACAAUGAUGCAGGAAACCAGUGAUACACCUGAAGCGAUGGUCCUUAAGGAGCAAAUUGGAUUACUCAAAGCAAAAGUUGUCCGCCUUCGUAACUUGAGGAACCUGUUGAAGAACAGCACAUUGUAUCGUAAUUGGGAAGGCACUUGUCCGUCGGAGUUGGAUGCCCAAGUGCGCUGUUUCAAAAUUACUGGGGAAAAGGAAAACAAUUGUCUUUGCUGGAGCACUGCAGAGGUGAAAGUCAACUGGUUCACGGCCAACGCCUUUUGCGAUUACCACGGUAUGCAUUUGAUCUCCUUCCGAUCGAAUAUUGUAGGCGACAAGCUUAACCUCGAUACACUUUGGAAUUCCUAUGGAAGAGUUGCAAUAUGGACUUCAGCGAGUGAUGUGAUUACUCGCCGUGCAUGGGUCUUCCGCAAUGGAGCUAUUUUGAGCAAACAAGAAGCAUAUCAGAGCGAAUCGAUCGCCGGACUUGAUGAAUCGUUCCUGAAGAACUUGGAACCCAUUCAAAACGGAAGUUAUCCAAACCGUAACAUACCCACCACCUGCAUCAGUGCCAAUAUAACCGAUUCGGGAACAAAACUAACAUUUUAUCCGGAAUCCUGUUUGCAAGACAGGCCAUUUGUUUGUGAGCAAUUUGCCCUGUAAUGAUCUUUUUAAGGCAAUAUUGUUUAGCUUUAAAUUGCGCAAUAUGCUGAUGGGCCUGCUAAUGAAGAUUGUGGCUCUUUUACAAAUUAUCCGGCUUCUCUAUUCAAAAUACGAACUUCAAUCGAUGAAUGCUCGUUUGUAAAAUAAAUGCCGCAGACAUUUCAA